GGAACUCGGUUUCGGCCCUGCGCGCCCGGCGGAGCUGAUUAGGCGACGCACCGGACGCCGGCGACUGGCUGAGCCGGGCGGCGAAGCUGGAGCGGCGGUGGCGGCGGCGGCGGGAGGCCGGGGCCGGGGCCGGGGCUGAGGCCGGGGCUGCGAGGCCCUUGGGACGGCAGGGGGCGGCGGCGGCGGCCCGGGGCCCGAGCGCGGAGGCCGGAGCGGCCGCCAUGUCCGAGAGCAUCAUAAUCCGUGUCCAGUCUCCAGAUGGGGUCAAGCGGAUCACAGCAACGAAGAGAGAAACAGCUGCGACAUUUUUGAAAAAGGUUGCAAAGGAGUUUGGCUUCCAAAACAAUGGCUUUUCAGUGUACAUCAAUAGAAACAAGACUGGGGAGAUAACGGCAUCGUCCAGCAAAUCCCUCCACUUGCUAAAAAUCAAACAUGGCGAUUUGUUGUUCCUGUUUCCCUCGAGCCUUGCUGGACCCUCAUCUGAAAUGGAGACGUCAACCUCACUAAGGUUAAAAGGCUUUGGAGCCCCCAACGUGGUGGAGGAUGAGAUUGAUCAGUACCUCAGCAAGCAGGAUGGGAAGAUUUACAGAAGCCGGGACCCACAGCUGUGCCGCCAUGGCCCCCUGGGGAAAUGUGUGCACUGCGUCCCACUGGAGCCGUUUGACGAGGACUACCUGAACCACCUGGAGCCCCCAGUGAAGCACAUGUCCUUCCACGCCUACAUCCGGAAGCUGACAGGAGGAGCCGACAAGGGGAAGUUUGUUGCCCUGGAGAACAUCAGCUGCAAGAUCAAGUCCGGGUGUGAGGGACACCUCCCAUGGCCCAACGGCAUCUGUACCAAGUGCCAGCCCAGUGCCAUCACACUGAACAGACAGAAAUACAGGCAUGUGGACAAUAUCAUGUUUGAGAAUCAUACCGUUGCUGACCGCUUUCUUGACUUCUGGAGGAAGACCGGGAACCAGCACUUCGGGUACUUGUAUGGACGGUACACGGAGCACAAGGAUAUUCCCCUGGGCAUCAGGGCUGAGGUGGCUGCAAUUUAUGAACCUCCUCAGAUUGGCACACAGAACAGCCUGGAGCUCCUUGAGGACCCGAAAGCUGAGGUGGUUGAUGAGAUCGCUGCCAAACUGGGCCUAAGGAAGGUUGGCUGGAUAUUCACAGACCUCGUCUCAGAAGAUACCCGAAAGGGUACAGUCAGAUACAGUCGGAAUAAGGACACUUACUUCCUGAGCUCAGAAGAGUGCAUCACUGCAGGAGACUUCCAGAAUAAACACCCCAACGCCUGCCGGCUGUCUCCUGAUGGGCACUUCGGGUCCAAGUUUGUGACUGCAGUGGCCACAGGUGGUCCCGACAACCAGGUCCACUUUGAGGGGUAUCAGGUAUCCAAUCAGUGCAUGGCCCUAGUCCGCGAUGAAUGUCUGCUGCCGUGCAAGGAUGCCCCUGAGCUCGGCUACGCCAAGGAGUCCAGUAGUGAGCAGUACGUGCCUGAUGUUUUCUAUAAGGACAUCGACAAGUUUGGCAACGAGAUCACCCAGCUGGCCCGCCCCCUGCCUGUGGAGUAUCUGAUCAUAGACAUCACAACAACCUUCCCCAAGGAUCCAGUUUACACUUUUUCUAUUUCACAAAAUCCAUUUCCUAUUGAAAACCGGGAUGUGCUGGGUGAGACACAGGACUUCCACAGUCUGGCCACCUAUUUGUCCCAGAACACUUCAUCUGUGUUCUUGGACACCAUCUCGGAUUUCCACCUGCUGCUGUUUCUGGUCACCAAUGAAGUCAUGCCUCUACAGGACAGCAUCAGCCUUCUGCUGGAGGCGGUGAGGACCAGGAAUGAGGAGCUGGCACAGACGUGGAAGAAGUCCGAGCAGUGGGCCACUAUUGAGCAACUUUGCAGUACCGUUGGUGUGCAGCUCCCGGGCCUCCAUGAGUAUGGUGCCGUUGGAGGUUCUGCACAUGCCGCCACCUCUGCCAUGUGGGCCUGUCAGCACUGCACCUUCAUGAACCAGCCAGGAACUGGCCACUGCGAGAUGUGCAGCCUCCCCAGGACCUAGGGCUCCGGCCCUCUGCUGGGUGGGACUGGGCCAGCCUAGCCCUCCAAAGCCAGGAGCUCAAGGUGUGCCCCGCAAGGCUCAGAGCUGGCAGCCCUGAGGGGUGGGGCCCACCACCCUGGCACCCAGGGAAGCUUCUUGGCACCAAUCCCAGAGAGGGAGCUCAGCUAAUGUGCUAGGGCUGAGUAAAAGCCGACUGGAAACAGUGUCCCUGCCUGAGAACACCACGCACGCCUCACCCGUCAACAGCCCCCYGCCGUGGAAGGAUUGGGCACCUCCAAAUAAUCACUUGAAAUCGGUGGUGCAGGGAGGGUUGCUGCUGCCACCCAGCUUUCUUUUCCUUCCUCUUCGAUGCUUUCUGUUCUGUCCCCGCUUGAUUUUUUUUUUUUUUUUGGUUGGGAGUGCCUGGCUACCUCUGUUCUGUUGCUCUGGAGCAGAGGUCCUGCCUGUGCCGGCCACAGCCUCCUGCUCAGCCUGCAGCCUAGUGCGCUUUCUCAUCUCGUACCAGGUGGAAGUUUAGAGUCUGUGCUGGUUGCAAUAACAGUUUUCAGCAAUUCCUUCCCAGAAGACUUUUAUUUAUUGUUUUUAAGAUAAAACUGCACAACAGGGAUAUGAGAGAGACUAGUUUCCACUUCCUUCCCUCCUUCAGCGCAGCCCCUCCUGGGAGUUCAGGUGGUAGUGGACGGGUCCCACUGACAGUCCUCCUAUGAAGCAAACCUCAGUGCCUGAGACUUUUCUACCAAGUCACACAGCUGUGGCAGCUGGCGAUAUGGGCAGCUGAGCAGGAGGAGAGUGGUGGCCCUUGCCUGGUGGGCAGUCCCUCUAGAUAGCCCGGAUGGGUGAACACCAGGGCCCCGAUUCCUCUACCCACAGCACCAUUCCUCUAUCCAUAGCCUUGCCAGGCCUUGGUCUGGAAUAGUGCUUUGGCCAUUGAAACAGGACCUCUGUGGAGCCUGGAAAGUUGAUAGCAUGCACCCAGUGUAAGGACCAGGCAAUCCACAAGAGUCCUAAUGGUCUCUAAGUGUCCUCCACAAUAGGACUGGGGCACAGGCCUACCCCAGGCGAGCCGAGGGCGUCUUGAUGCCUCUUUGCCUUAACAAGAGCCAAAUUAGCUGUGCUGCACCCAGGGAAAGGCCGGCCCAGCCAGACUUCCUGGAGGCUUGUGUGUCUGUUGCCUAGAGGGACGCACCUACACAGCCCUCCCCAUGCUUGGCCAUGUAGACAGAAUGCUUGCCUGCUGGGCUCUCUCAUGGUAGGGCUGUGGCCAGAACCCUCAGGUAUACCUGGCAUGGCAUCCCCCCUGGAAGGCCCAGGUUUCUUCUGAUCCUGGAGCCACAAGCCCAUUAGGUUGGCCUGGCUACAGCAGGCCUGUAAAGCAAGCAGUCUCCCCCCAUCUGCCACACAUUAUGGAGGUGUGGAGGGUCAUCUGGUCUGCCUCCUAGGAGCUGUCUUGGCUGGGGCUUUGUCUUCCCUGUCUUACCUGGUCCCUGAGGUCAGCUGUAUAGCCAAAUGGCCUGGCUGGCUGCUUACCUGUCUCCAGGGCCAUUCACACCAGUGCUGUUGCCCAGCCUGGGCAGGUACUGGACAGCACAGACUUGUGGAGACUCACUGCCCCAACACCUGUGUUCCUCUCCACUUGCUCUCGUCUUUAUCCACCAAGCUAAUUUCCUUUUCUCAACCAAUAGUUUUUCUCACUCUGCAGUUCUGGCAUCCAUGCAGUCCAUGUUUUCUUUUUGUCUUUUAGCUAAAGAAAGUGUUGUGAUUUCGCUGCUUAUGGUUUUGAGUUACUCUGUUCAAUAAUGCACUUUAUUUUAUCGUCCAAAGAGAGUCAAGCUCAUGCUGCUGGCUUGGGGUGAGCCCUGCUGAGAGCACAGGCCUGGGAGGCCCAGGCACCACCUCCUGCUCAGGAGUGACCCCCGCCCAUCUUGCAUUCCUGUGGACAUCCCCUCAUGUCACCAGGCACCACAUUCCAGAGGGGUGCCUGAGCACACACCUUCCCAGGCGGACCUGCCUACCCAGCCCGCCCUCUUGGCCCUGGUCGGUCCUGCCUACCCAGCCCGCCCCCAGCCAGUCUGUUCCUGGGACAUAGGUGCUCUGCUUUGGGCUCACAGGUGUGCAUCACCUGGGUUUGGACUAGCAUUACCCUGACCCCAGCCCUGCAGUGGAACCUAAUAAAAAGCGCCUGAAGCGAC